GACCCGGUGGUGGUGGUGCAGAACGGCACCACAGGAAUCCUUCGAUGCUCCUUCAAGUCCAGCGAGGGGGUCACCAGCUUCACCACGGUGACCUGGAGCUUCCAGUCCAGUCAGCCCGACAACCAGUUCUCCAAUGCUGCGUAUGUGAUUUUCUAUUUCUAUAAUGGGAAAGGAACCUCGGACCAAGAUGAGUUCAAAGACAGAGUGAAGUUCAUUGGAGACAUCAACAAGAGGGACGUGUCCAUCCAGCUGAGCCCGGCCCAGUUCAGUGACAACGGAACCUUCUUCUGCGAUGUGAAGAACCCGCCGGACGUGAAGGGCACGCAGGCCCGCACCGAGCUCAGGGUGGUUCUGAAAGAGUCCCUCCCCCACAGCAACACCGCCAUGAUAGUGGGAGGAGUGUGUGGGGCUCUGUUCGUGCUGGUGCUCAUCGCAGUGGCGGCCUGCCUCCUCAUGAGGAUGCUCCACAACCGCCACGACUACGAAGGAUGCACGUCCUUGGAAAGCGUGAGCUCUCAGGCUCAGCAGCCCCGAAAGAAGGCGGAGUCCAGCCGGGAGGGCUCCAGGUGUACCAGUCCCUCGGGUCCACUGCAGGUAGGAGCUGGGGGACAAAGAAAUCCACUGGCUGCCGCCCUUCCAUCGGGCCCGGUGAUAUACGCCCAGCUGGAUCACUCAGGCAGCAAAAACUCCUUCCAUAAGAUGGAGCCAGUGGUCUACGCCGACAUCCGUAAAAACUGAGAAGAUGGGACCAAAAACAAAAAAGGAAAAAAAAGCAAAAAAAAGGAAACAGUAAAGUGUGAGACCUCUAUCAGCUGCUCUGGGAGGGGUGGGAAUAUACACUGCCUGGCCAAAGGAGGUCCCACGUGGUGCUGGUUGGACGGCUCCAGCCUGGAUGACGUCGUUCCCUGUGAUUCUGGAAGCUUCUGCAGUGACCCCACACGUAGUUCCACCCAGUUUCACAGGAGUGUUUCACCCACAUCCUGACUGGAUGAUGGAGCCUGCUCAGCUCAUCCUAAAGCCUCUCCAUUGGUUCUGAUUCCAGAUUAAGAUCUUUAUCCAGGAUGAAGAGUCCCCCCCUCCCCUCCGGUUUUUAAUGAUGCGCUGGACAUUUUCAGCAGUUCCAAUCUCCUCAGGUGUUUUCUGGGCCUGCCGCCAUGGAUUUGAGCUUUCUUACACAGACUAAGGGGUUUUCCAUGUCUUUCCACAUGUUUAAGAAACGAGCAGCCCAUCCGCUGGGGGGAGAACUCCCCAUGCAGACAUCAUCCAGCAGGAGCCUCUGUCCAUCCAGCUGGGACUUCUUUUGGCCUGGCCGUGUAUAUAAACAGGGAACUAAUUAGUGCAGUUUCUCUUGUUUCUCUCUCUCUUUUUUCUCUAUAUUUUGUCCUCUAAAAGCAUGAAGCUGUUGUACGAUAAUGUCUACACGUGCUUUGUUGUGAAAAGAAAAAAAGAAGCUGGGAAACCUCCGGUUGAGGCUGCAUGGACCUCUAAGUUGUUCUCCAGUCCAGGGACACAGCCUAAAGCAGCAACAUUCCCAGUGUAAAAGAGCUCUAUUUUCUAAUGGCUGUAGUCUCGUCCCCUCAACGCCUCCACUCCCUGAAAGAGGAGCGUUUCUGCUGGCUGUUGCAUUAUUACGUGAGUGGGUGUGUCAGUGCACGCUUAAGGACUAAACCCACAACUCGCUUUAGAUCAAGCAAACUACUGUUUAAACUCAGCUUAAUGACUGUAACUCUGUGGCUGUUGGGUAACGGUUCCCUUUGUCACAUAGUUGUGUUAGUGAUGAAUACAGAAGGGGGCCUGUUCAUUCUGAUCAGUUCUUUAACUUAAAUGACUGCCUGUUGCCAAAUCUCUGUGCAACUAAGAGGCUAAACGUUUGGUUCUGUAGUUAGGAGUGUAGGGCAGCAGAUGUGUUAGCAGUAGGCUUUAUUUCAGGUGACAGUCACACUUUAAUGCUCCAGCAUGACUCUGCCACAGAAGUGUGAAGACGGCAGGUACACAGGCUCCACUUUUAGAUGUGGUGCCCCAGCAUAUACUGCCUUUAACCCAGUUCAGACGUAUAGGCCCAACAAACCUGUCCCUCAGAUUCCCCUGAUGUGACCCCCCCCCCCCCCCCCACUGUGUCUGACCUGCUCAGGUGCAGCAGCCGGCAGAAGGCCGUCCUCCCCGCUCUGACCCUGCAUGCCGUUGACCCCCCUGGCCGUACAGUGGUGUGCCUCAGUGGGCCGUGGUCUGCUAGUGC